GCGUUGUUUCCUACAAAUACGAGCCCAUUAUCUCAUUUUUCCAGAGUAUCUCCCUUUUUCUCAAUUCUUUUAUUCCAAACCCAUCAUAAAUCAAAGGGGAGAGAGAGAGAAGAGAGAGAGAGAGAAGAAGCCGAGAAUUUUCUCAGCAGCAAUCAACAGAAGGUGAAAUGGCGGAUCAGUUGACUGACGACCAGAUCUCUGAGUUUAAGGAAGCUUUCAGCCUAUUCGACAAGGAUGGCGAUGGUUGCAUCACAACAAAGGAGCUCGGAACUGUGAUGAGAUCACUUGGGCAGAACCCCACCGAGGCUGAGCUGCAGGACAUGAUCAACGAGGUUGACGCAGAUGGUAAUGGAACCAUUGACUUCCCCGAGUUCUUGAAUCUCAUGGCCAGGAAGAUGAAGGACACUGAUUCCGAGGAGGAGCUAAAAGAGGCAUUCCGUGUUUUCGACAAGGACCAGAACGGUUUCAUUUCUGCUGCUGAGCUUCGCCAUGUCAUGACUAACCUAGGAGAGAAGCUGACCGACGAGGAAGUUGAUGAAAUGAUCCGAGAGGCUGAUGUGGAUGGUGACGGUCAAAUUAACUACGACGAGUUCGUUAAGGUCAUGAUGGCCAAGUGAUUGCACCCCCCACCCCUACACCCCCACCCACCCCACCUCUGAUAAAUCUUGAAAAGUUUUUUCUCGAAAGGUAAAAACUGAUGAACAGGGUUGAUUAAUAUUUCACUAGUUUCCUUUAAUUUAUUUUUUUUGGUUUGGUUGUUUGGUUUUGUGGUUGUUCAGUUCUUGAGUAGUGAAAACUAUGUGUUUGUAAUGGUGGUGGAAUUGGUUGUUUUAUUUUCUGAUUCAUGUAUUUUUGUGAUGCGGAUUUCAAGCAUUUUCUAGUUCGUUUUCUUUUCCUUCGAAUAUAUCAUUCUCGUUUGGGGUUUGUUGUUACC